UUCAUGCACCCGCAGGACCUUUUUCCUUUACUUACAGAAAUUCAACUCUGUUUUCUGAACUGCAAAAUGCCGAGGUCCAUAUUUGACAGUUUCUCCUAAAGGAGGGGGGCAGAGGGGUAACGCUGUACUGGUAGUAGUAUUGUACUGUCAAUAAUUGGCUUCACGGUACAGCAACAUCUGCAUCCCCGGGCGCUUAUAAGCUGCCCCCUGUUCACUUUGGUGAUGGGUUAGAAGCAGAGGUCACAUUUGGUUGUGUGCUGUGUCACAAUGACAAAUAAUUCACUUUCACUUUUAUCCUUUUAGAAAAAUGUUUUUCAACAUAGAGUGUACAAGGAUAAAGAAAAAAGAGACAAAACAAAUUUCCUUCAUUUUUAAGAAUUCUAUUUGUGCUGCACCAAACCAAAUAUGAGUCACACUUUUUACAGACACUUGCCAUAAUAGGUGAUGUCACUUAAGUACAAAGACUCAGCUUUGAAGACUUUGAAGACUUGGAAGCAUGUGAAGUGCUUGUAAAGAUAGGAAGGAGCACACAAGGUCUAUAAACCAGACUGUUUACAAGAUUUGAGUGGAAGUUAAAUCUCAUUUUAUUCCAAGUUAAUGAUAGAAAUUCAGUAACAGCUAAGUAAACAACUUCCGGACGUCGCAGGUACCACUGCACAUGAUUAAUAACCGAACAAAAUCAACACAUGAGAACACCGACUGUCAAUAAAUUAAUUCAAGCAGAAGUCAGUAUAACUACUUUGUUGUUGUUUACUGCUGUAAUGCCUUCAGUGGAAGUGGAAGGCCGUGAUGCAACAUGAUGGAACAUGAACAUGAUGAAAAAGCAUUCAUUAGCAUUAAAUACUAAUCUGGCAUUGUGGUUUUCUCAGUCUUCAGUUAACCUUCCUUGACAUCAGUGCACACAAAGAGAUUAACAGUUAACAGCUUCCGUGAGGUGGGACCUAAAGUGUACUGCUGGUGAACUGACUAAAAGUCCUGUAAGACCUGUUGAAAAAUGUCUUGUGUCCACUACAAGUUUUCCUCCCAACUGGAAUACAACACAGUCAGGUUCAGUGGGCUGCACAUCACACUCUGCGAGCUUAAAAAGCAGAUCAUGGCACAGGAGCGCCUAAAGGCCACAAACUGUGACCUGCAGAUCACUAAUGCUCAGACUGGAGAAGAAUACACCAGCAACGAUACACACAUCCCCAAACACUCGUCUGUGAUUGUCCGUCGAACUCCUACUGUGGAACAGAAACGCAACAGAACAUCUUCAAAUCUAGGUCGUUCAUACAUGACUGUAGUGGGAUCUUCUAAAACAACUUAUUCUUCUGCCUCUGUGUCACUAGUCAACCUCAUAAAGGCAACUAACAUGGAGGAUGCAACAGAGGAAGAAAAGAUCAAAGCCCGAAUGUAUCAAUCCACACUUCAGUACGACCCCAAACAUUACUCUAAGAAGGCAGUUGGAGCUCCACCUGCUAACUACACCUGUUUCCGCUGUCUGAAGCCAGGUCACUACAUUCGACAGUGCCCACUGCUAAUGUACCCUGACAAGAGUGUAGAGUGUCAUAAGGCCAUAAAAACAAGUAAAGGAAUUCCUCGUAGCUUCAUGGUGAAAGUUGAACCAGGAACCAAAGGAGCUAUGCUGACCAGUACUGGAGAAUAUAUGAUACCUGCCAUUGAUGCGGAAGCUUAUGCAAAGGGAAAAAAAGAGCGCCCUCCCUUUGCUCCUGAUCCGUUGUCAUCAGCAGCAGCAGAAGUCGCUACUAAGGAUGAUCCAGAUCAGAUCCCAAAUGAACUACUGUGUCCCAUCUGUAAUGACCUGAUCACAGAUGGGGUCCUCAUUCCUUGCUGUGGGAACAGUUAUUGUGAUGAAUGUAUCCGGAACAAUUUGUUGGACUCAGAAGAACACAUCUGUUUAUCCUGUCAACAAUCUGUUUCACCUGAUGAUCUCGUUACCAACAAAUUUCUGCGACAGGCUGUGGACAACUUCAAAAACAGCACAGGUUACACUAAACACACGAUCAAGAAGUUUCUUACAAAACCACAGCACCCUCUGGUGGCUGAUGUAACAGUUCCUCACACUACAGACAAAGACACAGCUCCAUCUCCACCACUGAUCCAAUUUGCUUCAACUGAUAUUCCUGUGGUUUCCGGAACUAAUCCUACAGAAGGAUUAACUACUGAUUCUGAUUUGGCGUCCACUCCUUUGGCUGCUUCAACAUCUAGUACGGGUGAAUUUCUUUUGACUACCCCGGCUGAUCCACUAUCUAACCCUACUGCAGCUUUAACAUUUAAACCUGCUAAUACUACAGCAGCAAAUCCGGAAUCUUUUGCUCCUUUUCACCCUUCAUCUACCGCCGUGGGAGGUGAAGAGGGUGCUGCAUCCACACAACCUGUGCCAUCGUUUGACCACCAUACUGUCUGUUCGACCACACAGGAUGAAGCUCCUCCACUUGGUGAUAUUAAAUAUUUGAAAGAAGUUCCAGGUCUUUUCUCAGACACUGGCUCACAGGGUUGUCCUUUAACUGUGAUUGGUCACCCAACAUCUCCAAAGCUGCUUCCUUCACCAGGUCACGAAUCAAGACCACAGCAGUCUCACAGAGGUAGAGGGAGACCAUGGAAGAGGUCCUACAAAGGUAGAGAACGUCACCCCUCCUCUUACCACCACACAGCUCUAACUCCUGCACCACCUCCUCCCACUCCUUCAGUGUACUCUGCCUCUGUGUACCCUCCCCCACAGCAGACCUACCCUCCUCCCUAUACUUUGGGCCCAAGUCCUAUCCCUCCUCCCACUCUGGGCUACCAGCCUCCACCAUUUUAUCCACACGGUCCUCCAGGGUUCAUGUCUAACUGGGUUGCCCCCAGCAGUUGUCCACUUGUAGCACAUCCAGCCCAUUCCCUCUCUCGACCUCCACCCUUUGAGGAUGUUUUUUAUAGACAGCAAGACAGACAAGACCGUGGAAUAUCCAAAGGAGAUGAAUUUGUCAUUGACUACCAUAAAGAACUUAUGGAGUACAGGAUCACACAAACCAGAGGAGACCCUUGUUUCAGGUUGGACAGUUUCUCACAGGAUCAUGGUCCUUCUAAUGGAUUUUCAACAACAAGAUGCUACAGUUCCAGGUCAUAUGGAUCCAGGCAUGCUGACUUGCCGCAAUCUUUUGCCUCUUACUCAGUUGGAGGCUGGGAGAAAACUGAGGGAGGUAAAAGAUACCACUCCAAGUCACGCUCGCCUGUUAGACAAACUUCUCAUCAGUGGGAGGCAGAGCAGUACGGUUCUAGGAGACCAGAUCUUAGAAGAGAGGGAAACUGGGAGAGAGACAGGUAUAACCAAUGGAAAGUGGAGUACGAAGACUGGUACCAACAAUACUAUAAAGACUAUGAGAGCCAAGAGCCUUCACCACAUCAUAGAAAAAAGAGCAGAGACAAGAAGGAGAGAACCUCCCUGGUUUCAAAAUCUCACUUCACCCAGAAGAGAAAAAAAAGAAGUGUUAAACGAGACAAAGGUCUUCUCUUUCAGAAUCUUAGCUCCUCUUCCUCCUCAGGGACUAAGUCAAGUAAAAAAGUCAUGAAAAAAAAAAUUAAAACGAAAGCUAAAUUAAUGAAUAACACCACUUCACUGAAUAAAACACCUUCCAUCACUUCGACACCUUUAACUGACACUGAAGUCACCAAAACCUUGGCUCCGCAAAAUCUUCCUGCACCUGUCCAACCCAGAACCUCAACUAAGGCUACGUCAAAGACUCAGUCUGACGAGACCAGAAAGGAAAAAUGCAGCAAGGUAAAAGCCAGACAUGAGAAGACGAAGAGUGAACAGAAGGACAAGAGCAGUGUAGGAGACUUUAUUAAAAAGAAAGACUUUUCAUCCUCCUCCUCCUCCACUUCCAUUGGUAGACCUUUAAAAACUAUUACCGUUAAACCAAAGGAAGCUAGAAGCUCAAAAAAAUUUAAACGAUCUACCAUUAAGCCUACUCUUGGUAAAACACAGUCUCCCCAAAAUCAUUUUGUUCAUGGAGGACCUCAAUGUGGCCAGGACAUCAGGGGAAAUACUGCUGGUCUCCUACCAGUGACCCAUCAACAUGAGCCUCCACCUCUUCAGCUUACUCACCCAGCAGAGCAUCAGAAAAGAGUAGGAGAAGAAAACCACUCUUUGACUGGACGUCCUAUAAAAAGGAAGAGAACUGAAGGUGACGUUUCAGCUCAGCCUCAACCCCAGAUUCGCUGUCUCUCAGUGUCCACCGAUGAGUCCGGUUUUGCUCCGCAGUUGGGAACUGAUGAAAAGGGCCAGGGAGACCCAGUCUGAGAAACAGACAUAUGUGUGACAUAAUGGAUCAUGGGGGGACGGGAGGGAUUAAAUCAAUUGCAGCAGCCAUCAGGUGAGGGCUGGCUACAACCUGGACAUUUGAGGAUUCGAUUGCACACAAAUCUGAAUAGCGCUGAGACCCUGUGUCAGCCAGAGAACCAAAAGGUUUUGAGAGGACAGCAGUCUCUUCUAACUGUUCUGUUCUAAAUACAGCAGAGGCCCUUUCCACAAGACAGCGGUCAUGAGAGGUAGAACAGGACCUGAAGAGCUCUGGACUACUACAGGAAAGGAGGCCAAUCAGAAUAGGAGUCAUAAAUGGAUGGAGGUUCAGAAUGAGACAGCUCGAUUAGGCGUUAGAGAAGACUGUUUAUUCAACGAACAGAGAUAUUACAUCUGAGUUCAACGCAAUUCAUUUUCUUGAUCCGACACAAAGGUUAUUGUCUGGACAGACCCAAAGAUUCUGUUUUAAAUGUAGACAACCAAAGUUUUUUUUUUAACAUGCACAGACAAUCAUCAUUAAACAGACCUAUGUAUUAAACAAGUGU